GACAGGGUAUCCAGCACACACCAAUCAGUGGCCUCUUUGGUCAUGUGGUUAGAAAGACAAUAGUAUGUUAGCCUUGAAGCCUUAACCUGUCUAUUAGUCUGCCGGACUGCAAACAAUAAGGCAUUCUCCUUGCUCCGGAGAUUUGGGGUUCUGCAACUCACAAACAUGGGUGACACAGAAGAGGCAGUGGAGGAAGCCCAGGAGGAAGUAGCCAAACCAAAGUUCAUGCCCAACAUAGCAGCUCCAAAAAUUCCUGAGGGAGAUAAAGUGGACUUUGAUGACAUCCACCGGAAGCGUCAGGAUAAGGAUCUGGCGGAGUUGCAGUCCCUCAUUGAGGCUCACUUUAUCCAAAGGAAGAAAGACGAGGAAGACCUCAUCACCCUGGUCAACAGGAUUGAGAAGCGUCGCGCUGAGAGAGCUGAGCAGCAGAGGAUACGUUCGGAGAGAGAGAAGGAGAGGCAGGCCAGACUAGCCGAGGAGAAGGAGAGGAAGGAGCAGGAGGAGCAGCGCAAGAAGCAGGAUGACGACGCGAAGAAGAAGAAAGUCCUCUCCCAAAAGACCCUGCAGUCAGGCAUGCAGGCCAAGCAGGCUGAGGGGAAGAAAGGGGCUAAGAAGCAGACGGAGAGGGAGAAGAAGAAGAAGAUCCUGGCUGACCGACGAAAGGCUCUCAAUAUUGAUCAUAUGAGCGAUGACAAAUUGAAGGAGAAGGCUACUGAGCUGUGGCAAUGGUUGAUGGAAUUGGAGGGAGAGAAGUUUGACCUCACGGAGAAAUUCAAAAGGCAGAAAUAUGAGAUCAAUCAGCUCCUUACGCGCGUGCAGUGCCACCAAAGUGCCAAAGGUCGCGCCAAGGGCAAGAUGGCCGGCCGGUUGAGGUAGAGGGCCAGCAGAGAACUGAAGACCCGAGUGCUGAGGAGAUCAUGUGUUUGUUUUUGUCUCCGUGUUUUAUCUGUGUAUUGAUUUAUCGUAUUACCCCAGAGAUUCACGUGCACCUAAAGAGCAUAUUAAAAGUAUUACCAUUCA